AUAGGUUGGUGGUAGUACAGCCACGGAGCCGCGCGUAUAGGGCGCGUAACUGUACUUCCCGCUCACCGACAGUGACGGUGUGCUUGCUUCUUUGAUUUAACCAUUGCUUCAAUCUUACUCACUCUGCUUUCCCUUCAAAUUCGCCGAUCUACUCUCUGGAUCUGGUUAGAGCCUAAGGCUAUUCCCCCAAUUUCCUAGCCAUGGAUUCCGCAUAUCUAAUAUCUAUCUUCCUUCUAUUAUCAACCGCAUUAACAACCAUCAACGCCUCCAUCCACAUUUACCAAAACCAACUCUUCAAUGAAGUCGGAAAUGCUUAUCUUCUCCCUGGCGGCAGUGAAGGCCUCGCUGCUUCUCGUUCCUCCGACAACUCCGUUUCCGAUGGCCGCUCUUUUAUCCGAUUUGAGAAUAUCACAUUCUGGAGGACUCAGGCUGCUGCAGAUGAACAGUCCGACAAGGAACAUGGUACCGGGUUGAUACAAGCUGUGAUUUUCGAGGCUGCUGAUAGAAAUAAUAUAGGUGGUUCAGCUUAUGGUGGACAGAGAUCGAUAUGUUGUACCCCUGAUCUUGCUAAGCUGGAAGGGUGCAAGCAAGGCGAAGUCAUUCGGAUACCUUCCUCAACAGAUAGUAAAUGGCCUAUGGUUCUGAACAUAUAUUUUGGUGGGAACGACUUGUCAACAAGUAUGGACAAUGCUAAGGUCCCCAUCAUGAAAACGGGGAUGUAUAAUUUGUUUUUCAUAGCAUGUGAUCCGAAGCUAAAGGGAACAACAAUGAGUGGGAAGACCGUGUGGAAGAAUCCUGAUGGUUAUUUACCUGGGAGAAUGGCACCAUUGAAGAAGUUUUAUGUUUUCAUGAUGAUUGCCUAUUUGUUGCUUAGUGCCAUUUGGUUCUCACAGUACGUGAGGUUUUGGAAAGAUAUCCUGCUACUUCAGCACUGUAUCACUGCUGUCAUUGGUCUCGGUUUGUUUGAAAUGAUAUUGUGGUAUUUCGACUAUUCUAAUUUUAACAGUACAGGAAUGAGGCCUGUUGUAAUUACAACUUGGGUUGUGACAGUUGGAGCAAUAAGAAAAACACUUUCUCGACUUCUCAUUCUUUCUGUUUCGAUGGGUUAUGGUGUUGUACGUCCAACUUUAGGUGGCCUUACUUCAAAGGUGCUUCUUCUUGGAGCUACUUAUUUUCUGGCCGCUGAAUUGCUGGACAUUACUGAGUAUGUAGGGACCAUCAAUGACAUAUCAGGAAGAGCAAGACUCUUCCUAGUCCUUCCUGAUGCAUUCCUGGAUGCGUUUUUGAUAUUGUGGAUCUUUACAUCUCUUUCAAAAACACUAGAGCAGUUACAGGUAAAGAGAAUAUCAGCAAAGCUGGACCUCUAUAGGAAAUUCUCAAAUGCACUAGCUGUGGCAGUGAUUGCUUCGGUCGCAUGGAUAACUUUUGAGGUAUACUUCAAAGCAACAGAUCCAUUCAAUGAGAGGUGGCAAAGUGCUUGGAUCAUCACAGCUUUCUGGGACAUUCUUUCAUUUGCACUACUCUGUGUUAUUUGCUACCUCUGGGCUCCAUCUCAGAGCUCCCAAAGAUAUGCAUACUCGGAAGAUGUCAAGGACGAAUUUGAUGAUGAAGAAGCUCAAUCUCUAACAAGGGGGCAGUCUGAUGGGGAUGUCAAUUUAGUCAAGCAAGAGAGAAAUAAUGGAAAUGCCGGUGUCUCUGAUCCCGAAGAUGACUCAGAAGAGGAUAAGAGGGAGUAAAAUCUCUCAAAGUCUAACACGAUUUUAAUCAGCAACCUUGUUCCGCCGUGUCAAAACCACCUCAACUGGGCCCAUUGGAAGAUAACAUGUUAUACUUGAAGCAACAAUUCUUCGAAUCAGCUUGCAAAGGGAGCCCAUUUGUUGCCAAACAUUGAUGCUUGCUUACUGUUGCCGUGGGGUAGAUUUGUUUUAUCUUUUGUCCAUAUUAAUUUUUAUUUUGAUUACAUGAUUAUAGGGAAAUGGGUCAUUUCCAUGCCAUUUUUAUGAUGGGGGAAACCUUCCCUGCGGUCUUGAUGUACUUCUAAAGGUUCCACAAGUUGAAUUUUGUUUCUUCUUCUUUUUUGGGGGUUUGUUUUUUAAUAAUCAAAGGUUGUAAUUUUUGCCGUUAUGUUAUGCUUUUAACAGUAUAAAAUGCACAUUUGAUUUCAAACACGCAAACGAUUUUCUUAA